CUGCCACCAUCGACUGGGGAAGGGCGGGUUCCGAGCUGGACUGUAAUCUGCCCACAUUGCUCCAUCCGGAUAGGUGCCACCCCCGCAAGGGACGGAGGGCCGGCUUCCGUCCCCCUAUAAAUCUCCCGUCCGCCAUCCUCAAGUCCACACCCCUCACCCUCGCUCCCAUCUCUCGCCCAAAAUGCCUGCUUCACAGUAUGUUACGCUCAACACCGGCGCCCAGGUCCCUACUCUUGGUCUCGGGACGUGGAAGUCCGCCCCGGGUGCCGUAGAGAAGGCCGUCGAGGUCGCGCUCAAAAGCGGCUACAGGCACAUCGACACCGCCCAGGCAUACGCGAACGAGAGGGAGGUCGGCGAGGGCAUCAAGCGCUCCGGCGUGCCGCGCGAGGACAUCUUCCUCACGACCAAGCUCAACAACACCGAGCAAGCGGACCCGCUCGCGGGCCUGCAAAAGUCGCUCGCCGCGCUCGAGACGCCGUACCUCGACCUCUGGCUGAUGCACUGGCCGUGCCCGAUGAAGGACGGCAAGCCCGACCGCUCGCUGAACUGGCUCGACACCUGGAAGGGCAUGGAGGCCGUGUACAAGGCGCACCCGGACAAGGUCCGCGCGAUCGGCGUGAGCAACGUGAGCGUCCCGUUCCUCGCGGAGCUCCUCGCGAUCGCGUCCGUCGUGCCCGCGGUCAACCAGAUCGAGAGCCACCCGAGCCUGGCGCAGGAGGAGCUCGUGGAGCUGUGCAGGUCGAAGGGGAUCGCGAUCACGGCGUACUCGCCCCUGGGAUCGGACAACGCCCCGCUCGGUGCGCACCCCGUCGUGAAGGAGAUCGCGGCGAAGCACGGCGUGACGCCGCACAACAUCCUCGUCUCCUUCCACGCGAACCGGCCUGGCGUGAACGUGAUCCCGAAGUCGGUCACGCCCGAGCGGAUCGUCGCGAACAUGAAGAUCGUCGACCUCGCGCCGGAGGAGGUCCAGCAGCUGUUCGACAUCGAGAAGGAGGGCUUGCGCCGCGUCUGCAAGCCGUUCUGGACUGGCUACGGCGACAUCGGCUUUGCAGACUGCAAGCAGUGAGCCGCGCUCCUGCUUGCGAUCUUCUGUGGGGCGAUAGAAAAUUGGAGACGAAUAUAUGUGUUGUAGGUAUCAUGUUACAGUGGUCUGACGGCGCUCGUGUUGGUCGGGAAGCCAUUGACGCUCUCAAUUGAAC